UAUCUUUUCAAUAGAAUCAUCUUCGCAAUUUUCUUUGUAUUAAACUUGGUAUUGUGGGCCGAACAGUCUUCUGCUGCCAUUCCAUUUGAAACAUUAAUCACUUUACUUGCCUUGUGGUUUGGAAUCUCUGUCCCGCUCGUAUGUGUUGGAGCGUAUUUUGGUUUCCGAAAGCCAGUAAGUUAUGAAUUGUUGCAGUAUACAGAGUGGUUAUCGAAAUUUAGGGUCAUUUCGUUCGGUUACAACUAAUAAAUGGGCUUUUUGUAGAUGGAAUAUUCACUGUAUGUACAUUUUUAGUCCUAUAUACUGUGACUAGGAGCAGUUUCGAAAAAUGCAACACUGGUUUGAAUCUGGGAGGAAACGAGAACUUGCGUGGGAACACGAGCACGAGUUUCUCUCAAAAUUCCACAACUGUUUCUAUAUAUAACUUUAUAGCAACACGGAAAAAUUGUUUUCUAUUUCGUUUAUUAAAUAGCCUUUUAAAAACAAUAAAAAAGAUAAAUUUAGAUUUAAAAAGAUUUAAUUACAUUCAUUCAUUAUCUUAUACGUUCGUGUAAAGAAUAAUUAAAGUGCCUAUGGCAUGAAAUUUUGGUGUAUGAUUUUUUUUCACUUUUCUGUUACUUUUUGAUGCGCUGAUUAUCGUGGUAAUAUUUAUUUUUUAAUCAUGUACAAUGCGAGAAAAUGCUUUUAUCUGGGUACAAACAUUAGAAUUUUUAACAAAAUUUUCCAGGAGACUGGAACCGAGCGUAACGUCACCGAGCCAACACUGACUUUCAGUCUCUUGUAAACAAGUUCUAUACAAAAGUUAACACUUUGGCUUUGGUAUUUUAAACACAAUUUCUGCAGUUUUGACAUGUCUUUCUAUUUCACAAAGGAAAAAUAGAUCUAAAAUGUAUUUGGAAGCGCGUCUUUGUGCGCGUUUUAAGCGAGCGAUGAGGUCGAUGGUUUGCGGAGACCAAACUUGUGUAGCAUAUCCCAUUUGCGAUCGAACAAGUGUUAUACUGUAUAUAGCGUCCUAUGGGCUUUACAGUUCUUGAUUGUUCUUGUUGAUCUUUUGAUGAAACCCAACAUUUUAUUUGCUUUUGAGCAUUGUGAGGCACCCCUGAUGUUACUUGACUAGGUGAAGAUGUUGCACUGAGGAUGGUUGUUUGUUGACGACGAUCUUGUAGGUAGGAGCGGAACCAGUUGAGAAUGUGUUUCUCCAAAACCAAAUUCACAGAGAGAAAAAGGCAGUUUAGUUUUAUAAACAACAUUUUACAUUAAAUUGAAGGUUAUUUUACGUAUAAUAACAUCAUACUUAAUAAUAUAUGUUUGGGAAAUUGAUAAUUUUGUAAUUAAAAGUGAUAUUUUUAGGGGAUUUUUGAAUUGUAAACUAUAAAUAAUAGAGAGCUUAAGCUUCGCGUUAUACGUCAAACGGCAAAGGCCGGGCAAUGAAAAAAUUUACCAUAUCAGGCAAGAGUAAAUUAACUUGCUGUUUUAAAACUGCAAUGUAUGAUUAUUCUUUUGACACAAGAAAGAAAUAUGAAAUGAAAACGUUCAACGAAAAUUUUGCCAAGAAAGUUCAAACCUGCCGUUUGCCGUUCCCAGAAACGUGAAGCUUAAACUCCCUAUUCCUCGAAAUAUUCUUAAUGAAAUUAUCGUGUUGCCAUGACAACUACUUUAAAUACUUCAUGUUCGGAAAAUACAAUGGUUUUGUCAGCAAGGCGGGGUUUCGGCAUGCAUGUAUUUUCCAGUAAAAAAAAUUUCCAUUUUCAACUCUUGACUUUCGACCCUCGACCUCGGCUUUUGACCCUCGACCUAUUACCCUCGACAAUUACCCAAACUGCAAAAAAAAACACAAAAGACUUGUGUAAAAUACUAAAACAAUUAUUCGCCUCAGGCUCGGUGAUUAUCGGAGAAUAUUCACCUCGACUUCGUCUCGGUGAAUAUUCCCCGAUAAUCACCUUGCUUUCGGCGAAUAAUUUUAAUAUGCUAAAAAUUUUCCUACAUGUAAAACUAUUCACUGGUUAUUUUUUUUCCAGGUGAUUGAAUUACCAGCGUGUACAAACGAAAUCCCUCGUCAAAUUCCAGAACAGGUAGAGUAUUGUACUAAGGGUGUAGUAAAGAGGCGGACGGAUAGACGACGGACGGUGGAGCAUUUUAUGAUAACCACCGCAACUAACUAUAAUACCAUAAAUUAAAGUAUCCCAACCUUAGAUCUGUGAAAUGAAUAUGUUUUCACCCGUUCGAAUUUUUGGCAAUGGAAUUUUUAAAUCUGCAUUCAAUACGUAUAUGUAUGAUACGAGGCUAUUCGCCGUCUUUCGCGUGAAACGUUUGGAAAUAUUGUAAAAAAGCGCCUUAGUUUUGGUACUUCUGUUUUUCUCUGCCCUAACACUGCCAUUGAAUUAAAAUAUUAUUAGCCAUUUUACUUACUAAAAGGCUAACAGGUAGCCAAGGUCCAUUCAUGUGAGUGCUUAUAACAUUACCAUUCCACUGUAUAUAUAAAUGUAGAACGAAAUUAUAACCUUCCCUAAGCCCUUAAAUACAUAUAAUAGAAUACCCAAUAUUUGCGCUGGCGCUACCCAACUUACAUUGCCCAAUUCAGUUGACGUUACGCAUAUAUACAUUUUUCAAUUUUCAAACAGCUUGUCACACUCAUUACUGUGUGACAUUUUCAUAUAUUGUAGAUAUUAUAACAUAUAUCAUAUUUACAUAAAUAUACAAAACAUAAUCCGAAGAUCUUGAAACCCAAAAUAUGGGUCAAACAAGUGAGUGAGUAAUAUUUCGAUUUUAUUAUCAAAUCAUCAUCAGACUAACUAUAGUUACAAUAUGACAUGGUCUUAUAUACAAGGCAUGAUGACAUCAUCAAACGGAAGUAACAUCAAGGGUGAUGGCAUUGUUGUCAUGAAACGCAGUGAUUAUCUUUCCUCUGUCACAUCUCUCUUCUCUGACGCUUCACGUUUUAAGUUACUUGAUACUGACCCAACGCUUACUCGACUAAACUCUCUACAGUCCUUCUUAUAUGCACUCUUUUACAACGUGGUGAAAUUUCUCAAUCUGACUAUGACUUCCUUAGACCUAAAGCAGCACACUUCGGUAGAGCACAUGGGCUUCCCAAAGUCCACAAACAUUACAACGACUUGCCACCGUUCAGACCUAUUAUUGACACAACUGGAACACCACACUAUAACGUUGGUAAAUUUCUCGAUAACAGACGCUAAGUUAUUGAAUCCAUUAGCCCAAAACAAGUACACUCUUUGCGAUUGAUUUCAUGCGGUUUUGGAAAUAAAAUCUAUACCUAAAGAGCUUUUCCCAGAAGGUUAUCGCUUUGUUUCGUUUGACGUUGUUUCACUAUUCACAAACGUUUCGCUAACCAAAACUGUCAAAAUCGUUCUUAACCACGUUUUUGAAGAAAAAUUGGUUGCUAUGCAACUCGUUUGAAACGGACUUUGAAAAACUAAUUCUUGAUUCGUGUACUAAAACCGCGUUCUCGUUUAAUAAUCAGCUUUUUGAUUAUACUGAUAUGGCCUUUUUAUGGGGUCUGCACUGGGGCCUGUGCUAGCUAACAUCAUUCUUUCGGAAUUUGAAAAACUUAUUAUUUCGGAUCUAAUUAAAUCCUCACUGCACCUGUCGUGGUUCUGAUUGAGACUUAGUCUUCCGUUUGAUGAUGUCAUCAUGCCUUGCCAACUUGUAUAUAAGACCAUGUAUAUAUUGUAACUAUAGUUAGUCUGAUGAUGAUUUUGUAAUAAAAUCGAAAUAUUAUCACUUUCUUGUUUGACUCAUAUUUUUGGUUUCAAGAUGCUAAUCUUCGGAUUAUGUUUUGUACUAUAUUUUUUUAAAUUGUCGGCUGGUAAUGGUUUUUACAUAAAUAUGUCAAGAAAAUAUCAAUAACUCAGUAUGGUUAAAUUAGAAAUGACAAAUAUAUACAAUUCUAAUUAUAUACAAUUAAAAACUCAUUAAUAAUUCAUGAGCAGCCUCGUACCCAGGCGCUAUAAAUGGGCACACUACAGUGUUUUUAUAUAGAUCAGUGGUUCGAGCGCGCGGGGGUGCUUGGGGAGGUUGCAGGAAACGAAGCGCCUGGCAGAAUUUGUAACAAACAUGGCGGACAUGAGGAUGCAAAUGAGGAAAUUGCUGUACUAUACUCAAUGAAAUUGAAAGGCCUGCCCAUCGAGCGUGACAUUUGGGAAAUAUUUUAUGUCAAAAUGAUCACUGCGUUGAUAAUAAUUAUUUUUCCUCGAAAACGGUAUUAUAUAUUAUCAUUUUAGUUGAAAAUAUUAAUAUGUCUGGUAUUUGAUGCACAUCAUGAAAUGUACUGCCUUUUUGCAGUUUGAAAGAAAAGUAUUCUGACAACAAAGUCAAAGAAACUGGCCAAGUUUAUAACUUUAUAUUCUUGAAUUUUAAUAAUACAAUGAAUUUUUAUAAAUAUGGAAUGUUGAAACUACUAUUUAUUUGUACUGAUGAUACAUUUUACCUCAGAGGAGAAAAUUAACUGGAAAAUGUUUAAUGAUUGUAGGUUUCUAAAAUUUUGCCAAUAGAAGGAAUAUAAAUUAACAUGCACGAGUGCUUUUUAGUAUGCAAAAUAUGGUGAAGAUAAAAACAUAAAUUUUAGAGCUCUAUUGUUGUAACUGGCUGACAAUAAUUAUAUAACCCACAAACCAGACCAAACUAAUCUCAUCUCAUGCAUGGUUCACCUGUUGAUGUUUGUGAUUCACCUUACUUUUGAGUUUUGAACUAUCAAGGCUAUUGCCCUUGAUUGCCAAAAUCUACUAUGUUUACACUAAGGAAUGGGGUAUACUCUGGAUUUACCUCUGGCUGCAUACAAUGCAUUUGAUACCAGUUACAGACAUAGUCUAACAAAUUGGACAAUUUAAAGGCAUGGUUGCACAUUGCAAUUUGUUGGGCUGAUUACAGUACAGAUGGUAUUGAUAUUUAAAAAUCAAUGACAUUUGAAAAAUAUGUGGCAAACAUUUGAUGGUCUCACUGAAAAUAUUUGUCAACAGUUAGCAAAAUCUAAAAUCAGCCCGGCAAAGUAUGGUGUAUAAACACACAAAAAUACACCAUACAUGUACCAUACAUAUACACACAUGAUUUACCAUGUUGCCAUGGAAAUUGGUCUUGGGAUUAAACAAUCCAAACAUGUUUAUACACACAAAUGCUUUACCUGAAAUCAUCCUCAGGUCACUCAAGGUAAGUCCCAGUAAACAGCUUGGACAGGUGUAGGUUUGUAGUGUAAACACAAGACCUAUCCCAGUUGUCUCUGUGCUUGCUCCUAAAUCCUCAUGAAUGUUUUACACGACUUGACUAAAUGAGAUAUACCUCAUCAACAUACUAUGCGAACAACCCCUGGAACAUUUAACCUAAAAUGUUGAGAAUUUUAUUUAUUUUGCUCAUAAUAUAAACUACUAGUAUUUACAUUCAAAAAGAUCUAGAGCUAUGGCUGUAUGGCAAUAUUUAUGGCAAUAUUUUAUUUGUUGGCCUUUAUUUAUACACUCAUCCACAUCUUAACGUCUAAACAAGCUAGGCACAUUAAACUUUGCAAAUUAACAACUUUGCCCAUUAAGUUUCACUUCCCCCUACUAGGGCUAUGGUGGUGUGCUGAUUGCACCACCGAGUUUCGUGGUGCAAUUGCCAGUUCGAGACCACUUAAUAAACUGCUAGUAUAGUUCUCCAUCUCAUAAUCUUGCUUCAGUGGCAAUGGGGACAUCACUAUCUAAAGCAUAACUUUCUAAACGUUUUGAAGUGAAAUAAAUGUGUUUUAAAUUUUUGCCCGCAAAGCCACGCGCCCGAUUUAAGGUCUACGCCCGCGUAAUAAAUCUAUUAAUACUGACUAUUCGCCUCAACAUGCCCACGGCCGGCCGUAGUAAUAUUCCUAUCUAUCCAUUAAUAUCCUGUUGUUUAUGAAAAUUCGUAUUGCCUUAAUCCCUUAAUUACCUCAACCUUGGUGUUUUACGCAUGGGGAUUACUUGACAACGCUUCCAGAGGCUCGAUAUUUCGAGUUAGGCUCCAAGCUAUUUAAUCUUAAAAUCUAUUCUAUUCUCAUUUAAAUUUGACUCCGAGUGAGGCUCCAAUCUAUUUAGACUAGGCCCCAAGCUAGGCUUUCAAAGGUUCGUUAUUUUGAACUAGGCUCCGAGCUACAUAUAAAUUUUCCAAACAGAACGCCUGCUUUUAAAUCUUGCGAGCUGAGUUUGAACCAAUGACCUAACUGGAACUACAGUCCUUCGCCCUACCAACUGAGCUAUCGCAAGUGGGUAUUUUAAUCACGCAAGAAACCUUCAAAAUACCUGUGGAAAUUUAUUUUUUCCGCGAGAAGAUACGGCUAUAGCUCUGCUAUAUAUUCAUUUCGAUAAAAAAAGUUUGCCAUGUGAGGGACUCGAAUUAUGCCAUACGGCGACCAAGGUAUUACAGUUUGCUUGACAUAAAAAUCAAAUAAAUUGUGCUCACCCCAAACACGUAAAGGCAUAAUAUCCCUAUCAAUCCAUUGGGAUCAUUUAGUUAUGCAAAUCACUGUUAGCUUAAUCCCUUAAUUACCUUAACCUUUGUCGACUUGUCGUCUAAUGACUUAUCAACACAUAGCAACAACACAGUAUUUUGUGAAAAUACAUUGAUUAUUUCAUGCCAAAAAAUAUUACAACUAAGACUGUGUAUAUAAAAUUCUCCGAUUGAGUUUAAAAACAGCGACGUUAAACGCAAUCGAAAUUAAAUUGAAAUUGAAAUUAAACACGCUACCCUAUUUUGACGUAUAUAUGGUAACGAGACUGAGGUCUGUCAGAUAGCGUCCUUCACAUGCAUAGUCUGUGUUCAACAAUCACGAUGGAAUGUUUUCACGGCGUUACCUGAUUGUGCUUGGUCGCGUUGUUGUAUUGAAAUGCUAAUUGGUCUCGUUACCUGUCACCUUUGGCCCAGGCUUGCCCGGUGAAGUGACGUCAUAGAUUUUGCAAGCUCAUUAUAAAUUCCGCCAGCUAUCUGAACAAUGUGACGUCAUAGAUUUUGCACCCUCAUGAUACUGAUUGUUUUUUCAAGACAUCAAAUACAUGUGUGUUAAAUAUAUUUUAACAUCUUAUUGUUCUAUGUUGCUAGAGGUUCUACAGACAUGCAGUUUUCGGAAUAACCAUAGGAGGUGUUUUGCCAUUUGGUUGUAUCUUCAUUCAGCUUUUCUUUAUCCUCAAUAGCAUCUGGUGAGCCCAAAUCAUCGUUGUAAAUUCUAUUAUUGAAUGCAAAGCAAGAAAUAGUAUUUUGGUUUCUGGGUUCCUAAGUUUUGGAGUCAAGGUUUUCUGCCGAGCUCACUAAUAUUCUUCCUAAUUAAUUAUUUCCUGUGCUUGUGUUAGCAUUAUGCAAUGCCCUACAAUUUUCUGCCAACUAAGCCAGGUCUGAAAAUUUCCUAGAUGCCAGGAUCCACUAUUAUUUCCUGCUGUGGUUGAAAGUAAUCUUGGUUCAAAAUUGGGUAGAAAAUGUUUUUUAUAUUAGAGAGGACUAAGGAGUUGUUGUUAGAUUGUAGUUAAGAUAAUCCAGAUAGUUGUAAAACAAGGGAUGGGUUUCGUACUUUCAUUAAGUGUUACAGGAGAGCAUGCAGACAGGGCACUUUCUGUUUUUUGGAAAAAACGCCCAGUACCAAUGUGCUCCAUACACAGUAAUAUAACAUAAUCUUUUCUUUUGUUGUAAAGGUCGCAUCAAAUCUAUUACAUGUUUGGUUUUCUUUUGCUUGCCUCCACAAUGCUGAUGAUAACAGUUUCAGAAACUUGUAUUCUACUUUGCUACUUCCAUCUGUGUGCCGAGGUAAGGAGAAGAACUGUUGAAUUCUAACGUUGUGUACAUGCAUUUAAGUAUCAAAGGCUAGACUAUUCGUCCUAUUGUGAAUUUUUAUUGAAAUGAAAUUCUCCUACGAUGGACCUCAUUUAUUUGAAAAAGUGGUGUUUAAGGUGCUACUGCAACGAAUUUCUUGACCUAUACUUUUUCCUUUAAUUAAAUUAAGCCUUUUAGAAACAAUUUGACGAAUAUUUGACCGACAUACGAUGUUUCAAGAAGUUGCCACAUUUUGCCUCUCAAAUUGGAUAUCGCAUGCGAACUUUAUUCGUCUCUGAUUCGGCACCAUGACGAUGCCGUGUGACGUCAUAAGUUGAACUGAUAUACGAAGGCUGAAGAGUGAAGGGCAUUUGUAGAGAAUUAUAUAGCGCUUGAACAUAUCACUGUGGAAUUUUGCCAGAUGUACAUUUUCCCCCAGAAAAUCACAAGUUCCAUACCUUAUCGUUUGUUUGACGACGAUUCAACUUAUAUUCAACUGUAUGACAUCCGGGCAUCAACAUUGCGGAACAAAACUUCGCACAGAAAGUGCAAAAAAUCGGUUUGAAUAUUCCAAUAUAAAAUUCUGUUUGUGACAAGCAGGUAUAAGUAUGGAAUGUAUUUAUUUAAGCUAAAAAAGUAAGUCAAAAAUAUUGUUGCAGUUGUACUUUAAAGUAAGCUUAAAUAAAAAACAUAUUUCUAACCUUGUGUUGUCUUCUUAUAGGACUAUCAUUGGUGGUGGAGGUCCUACCUUACCGGUGCAUGUACAGCAAUAUAUUUCUUCAUGUAUUCAAUCUAUUUUUUCCAUAAAUUGACUAUAGUUGGAACUACCAGCUUAGUCUUAUACUUCGGGUAUACUUCCAUUAUGGUUAUACUCUUCUUCCUCUACACAGGUAUUAAAGGAAAUAUGUUGCAAUUGAUGACGUCUUGC